GUUAGCACAGCAGGUUACUGAGAAGGUGUUGCAUUGGUUGCCAGCUUGACACUGUAAUUAGUGGUCUGGCAAAACCUGUGGCCAAGAUUAUGCAGAUUCUAUUGGUAGUGAGAGACAGGCAGAUUUGUGACAGUUUCUCUCAGGAGGUUGAUAAUUAUGGAUGUGUCAGAGCUACCAGGUGGUACACUGACAUGGAUGUCCAAUUCCGCUAAUCAAAAUACACUGGUUCUACAAGACCCAGACUAUGGUCUGGACAUUCUCCGCCGCAUAAACACACUGCGCAGUGAACGCGUCUUCACUGAUGCAUCAAUUUGUGUUGGGCAGGAGGAGUUCCCAUGUCACAGAAAUAUACUGGCUGCUAGUAGCCCCUACUUUAAGGCUAUGUUCACCAGCGACUUACGUGAAGGACUGGAGACUGUUGUGUCCAUAAAUGAAGUUUCACCUUGGAUCAUGAAGCGAAUUCUUGACUAUGUUUAUACAGGACGUAUGGAAAUCACCACUGACAACGCCCAGGAACUUUUGGCUGCAGGUAGUCUUUUCAACUACCCUGCAAUCAUUGAAGCCUGCUGCCAGUUCCUAAAAUGUCAACUUUUCCCAUCAAAUUGCUUGGGUAUUGAGAAUUUUGCUAUGUUACAUUCAUGUAAACGACUUCAGGAUGAUGCUCACAAGUUUGCUUUAGAGAAUUUCAGUGCCGUUGUUGAGUUUGAGGAAUUUCUUGAAUUAAGUGCUGAUAGACUUAAAGUGUAUAUAUCUAGUGACUGGAUUGAUGUGAGAACAGAGGAAACUGUGUAUGAAGCCAUUAUGCGAUGGCUACAUUAUGACCUUGAUGACCGGAAGUAUUUGAUGUUUCAGUUAUUGGAGUUUGUACGCCUGCCUAUUGUAGAUCUGACUCGUUUGAAAAUGAUCGAACAGGACCCAUUGAUUCAAAGCUGUGAGAAGUGUAUGUUAUUAGUUAAGGAGGCUCAAGAACAGCAUGAGUCCAUUCAUGACCAACAUGGGCGACGCCGAAGAAGCAUGCAGAACAGCCAGGUUCAUCCCCGACCGUCCACUGUAGCUAAAGAGAAGAUGGUAGUGGUCAGUGGAUGGAAUAGCUAUGUAACACGUAAAGUAGAGAUGUAUGAUCCUCAGAAGGACAGAUGGUCAGACUUGCCAGAUUUCCCAAAAGCUGUGUCAUGGUUCAGUGUGUGUGCUGUGUCCAACUGCAUAAUUGUGACAGGGGGUAUCCUUGACGCAAGGAUUAUAGAAAACUGCUGGAAAUUUGACAGUGUCAAACGGACGUGGAUAGAGAUUGAACCCAUGCUGAAGCCUCGUGCCCGCCAUGCUUCUGAAGCACUUGACGAUCGUCUUUAUGUUUUCGGUGGCGUGACAUACGAUGCCUUUAACUCACAGGUUGACCUUGACCAUAUAGAGUGUUAUGAUUCCAUCCUAAAUACAUGGAGUAUGGUUGGACGGUCGUCAUUUCCACGGAAGCAGUCCCAGGUGGUGUUGUUCGGGGACAUGUUGGUGGAAGUUGGUGGUUUACAAGGUGGAGGUCAAGAGGGUGGGGUAAAGGUUGACACAAUGGACAGCUACAAGUGCUCAGAAAAUGGUGAACUCCGCUCACCUGGGGAACAGUUCAUCCUGCCAGAACCAAUUCAGUUUGCCAAAAUUCUUGUCAUAAAUGGAAUAUUUUACAUUAUAUGGGAAGACUUGAAGAAAAUGAUAGCAUUAGAUCCAAGCAGACGCACAUUCCAGAGUCUAGCUGACACUCACUAUGCUCAUAAGCACAGCGGGGCCACAGUGCUUGGCGAUAAGAUCUAUAUCACUGGGGGCAUUGUUGACUCCCGCCCAAGCAACAUAGUUGAGUGUUACGACACAAGUACAGAUACGUGGACGGUCGGCAAAACAAUGACUGAGACUCGUGCAUUCCAUGGUUGUGUGACAAUUCAGUUAUAGGAACUCUUUCUGAAGUGCACAAGUGCUUUGUAUACUAUACAGCUGUCCUCAUUAUCCAAGAAGCAUUACAUCAAAAGUUGAUCAGCUCAUGAUCAAUUUAUAUGUUGCUUGAUUUAAGCACCAGAGAGACUACAAACAUAGCAAAGUGUUUGAAAUAUCAUCUAUAUAGGAGAUUCAGUGGGUCAAUUUAGCUUUAAUGAGUUCUGUGUAUUACUGUAAAGGAAAUUUGAGGUGUUGUCUGAGAUAUGUACUGUAUCAUGGCUAUGUAACUGUAGUGCUCUGUAUAACAAUUAUAUUGCAAUAUGAAACUUAUCUGUGCCAAACCAUGGACAAAUCAGAGGCACUGUGUUACAGCUAGAGCUACCACUAAUUUUCAGAUGUGUACAGUAGCUCUAUUGCUCUAUGAGCAAAUGGUUAAAGCACAGAGUAUAAAGAUUUAAUGAGAUACAGAAUAUUGACAAGCUAAAUGAAACUAAACUGGAUAUAGAAUAUUGACUAGCUGUAAAUGGAGCUAAACUCAAUGUUUGGGAUGUAACAGCUGAACUGAGUUACAAAUAAUUUAGCUUCUAAAUUGAGCUAAUCUUGGGUACAGAGUGUAACAGCUUAACUGAGGUACAAAAUAUUGACUAUCAAAAUUGAGAUUAGUUUGUGUACAGUGUAAAACAUCUUAACUGGGUUAGGAUAUAUAACUAAGGUACAGAGUAUAACAGUCAAACUAAGGUACAGACUAUAACAAUUAACUUUAGAUACAGACUAUAACGGCCAAAUUGAGGUACAGAAUAUAACAGUCAAACUAAGGUACAGAAUAUAACAGUCAAACUAAGAUACAGAAUAUAACAGUCAAACUAAGGUACAUAAUAUAACAGUCAAACUGAGGUACAGAAAAUAACAGUGAAAUUUAGAUACAGACUAUAACAGUUAAGCUACG